AUGUCCAAUAUAAAAAAAAGUAUUUAUUUUUAUAAGGAUUGGAGUGAUGAAAAUGAAUCAGAAUUUUACAGUGAAGAAAAUAACGGUAGUGUAAAUGAAAAUAGUAAAAAAAGUUCAGCUAAUUUAACCAAUGAAGAAUGUAUAGAGAAAGAAAAAAGUAUAGAAAACUCUGUACAUCUAGAAUAUAAUAAUACAUGUAAAAAUUCUGGUGAUUCUAUAUUUUAUGAUGUAAAAAAUUCACAAGAGAAUAAACAUUCUUCCUUUGAAAAUGAAAAGAUAAAGUUAUCAAAGAAAUCGUUUUAUUCUAUAUAUGAUGAUACAGAUGAAAAUGAAGAUAGUGAUUAUCAAAUUUUAAAGAAUAAUCGCAAAGAAAAUAUGUUAUCCUUCAGUAAUAAAAAAAGGACGGAUAUAUAUGAGAAAGAAGGAUUCAUUAAUGAAACAUCUUUAUAUAAUAAUGACAAUAUGUUGUAUGAACAUAAUAAUUUUAACAAUAUAGAUAACAAAAUUAAUAAUAAUAUUAAUAAUAAUAAUAAUAAUAAUAAUAUUUAUAGUAAUAAUUUUAUGCAUAUAUAUGACACAGAAGCACUCUACAGUGACAAUACAGAAAAAGAAAAAUACGAUUCAGAUGAUUCUCAUAAAUAUACGAGUUCAAAUAAUUUAACUGAGAAAAUAAAAAGGAAUAUAAUUAUUAAAAAUGUCUUAAAAAAAAUUAACACACUAAUCAACCAUUUUAAAAUGUAUAAAUCACAAAUUAAUUUUUCAUAUAUUGGUAUAUUUACAAUUUUAAAGAAAUAUUUGUAUAUUAUAAAAAAUAACAAAAUGAUUUUCUUAAAAAAGAAAAGAUACACCAAGAAAAUGCAUUUAUGCAAGAAUAAAGAUAUGAAAAAAAAGUUCUGUAGAGUUAAAACAUUUUAUUGUUUGAAAAGAAAAUUCUUAUAUAAUGUAGACAUUAAAUUUUUGAUAAAAGAAAAGCAUUUUCUUAAAUAUUUAUAUUUAUGUACCUUAAAGAAAAAAAUACAAGCUCAUUACAAGAAGGAGAAAAGAAAAACUGAAAAAGUCUUAAACAAAUUGAUAAAAUAUAUAAUAAAUAAUGAAAUAAAAAAAAAAGGUAAAAACAAAAUAAAUAAAAGUACAUCAUAUCAUGAUAUUAGUAAUAUCAAAAAUGGUAAAUAUAAUAUGGACAGAAAAAUAAAAACUUACAUUUUUAAAAAUAAAAGAAGUUUACUCAAUUAUAAAUUUUAUCAUUCAAAUGAUUAUUCAGUAAAAAAAUAUCUAAUUGAUUUUUUUGGCAACAUUAAUAAGUCUCAUGAUCAUAAAAAUUCGGAUGAAACUUAUGUUGAAAAUACAAAUAUUUAUAACAACUCUUUUGAUAAGGAUAUUACAAAUAUAUGUACUAUGGAUAAAGAAAAUAUAGGUACAUUUUAUGGGGAUAAAACUGAUGAAAAUGGUAAAAAUUGUGUAAAUGAUGAAAAUUAUGAAGAGAUUAAAAAUGAUGAAAAUUAUGAAGAGGUUAAAAGUGAUGAAAAUUAUGAAGAGGUUAAAAAUGAUGAAAAUUAUGAAGAGGUUAAAAAUGAUGAAAAUUAUGAAGAGGUUAAAAGUGAUGAAAAUUAUGAAGAGGUUAAAAAUGAUGAAAAUUAUGAAGAGGUUAAAAAUGAUGUCAAUUAUGAAGAAGUUAAGAGUGAUGAAAAUUAUGAAGAGGUUAAAAAUGAUGAAAAUAAUGAAGAGGUUAAAAAUGAUGUAAAUUAUGAAGAGGUUAAAAAUGAUGUAAAUUAUGAAGAAGUUAAGAGUGAUGAAAAUAAUGAAAAUUAUGGACAGAUUAAAAAUAAUGUAAAUGAUGCAAAUAAAACCUAUGAAAAUAUAAAUAAUAUAGAAAAAGAAAAAACAAAUGAACUUGUUCAUAAUGAUGAAAUCUAUACGACUUAUAUAAAAGAUGAAACAAAACUAAUGAAUUCACAAAGCUUUGCAACAUCACAAGAUAUGGAUAAUUCUAUUAAAGAAAAUAAUAAUUACAAAAAUUGUUAUGAUAUAGGCAAUAAUACCAAUUCUAUGGAUAAUUUAAGUGUGUGUAAAGAGCAUGUUAACGAUAUGAAAAGAGAACAUGAUAUCCAUAAUGAUAUUAAUAAUGAGGACAAAAAUGAUGAUACGUAUGAGGACAAAUAUUAUAAUAGCAUAAGUUAUAUACAUGAGAGUGUACAACAUAUUUCUUACGAUAAUGAAAUUCAAAAGAGUUAUAGUGAUGAAAUUAUACCAAGUAAUAGUGUUGAAAUUAUAUCAAAUCAUGGUGAUGCAAUUGUACCAAAACGUGGUAAUGAAAUUAUAUCAAAUCAUGGUGAUCAAAUUAUACCAAAUUGUGGUGAUGAAAUUAUAUCAAAUCAUGGUGAUCAAAUUAUACCAAAUCAUGGUGAUGAAAAUUUAAGUAGCGAUUAUGAUCAAAAAAGCCUUAACUAUCAUAGCAGUAAAAGUUAUAUUAGUGAUACUGAAGAAAAUAUACAUUAUGAAGAAAACAUAAAGGAUACUAAUAAUUAUAACAGUGAAGGUUGCCUUAGUUAUGAUAAAAAUAGUAGUAAAUAUGACAACAGUGAAAGUUAUAUUAAUAAUAAUGUUGAAAAAAAUGAUGAUCAAUAUGAUGAAAAAGGAAGUAUCCAAUAUAAUACAAAUUCAUAUGAUAAAAGUUACAGCUAUUAUAGUGAUAGUGUACAAAAUGAUAUUUAUUCUUACAAACGUAAAUGUAGUGAUGAUAAUAAUAAUAAUAUGAAUUAUAGCAAAGAUAGCAUAGGAAUUAUUAAAAGUAUUACAAGUGCUAACUCUGAAGAAAAAAAAGAAAUGAAGUACAAUAAAAAUACUACAUAUAGUUAUGAUUAUUAUGAUUAUAAUAAUAAUGAUGUUCAUUCUUCUUAUUAUCUCUAUGAUCAAGAUAAAGUUGAUGAAAUAUCACAAAAAAACAAAAUCACAACAAGAACUGGAAGCUUCAUAACAAAUAAAAGUGUUUAUCAAUACGAAAAAUAUAAAAAAGAUCAACCAAGUACAAAUGUUGUAAUUCCAUCAAAAAUAUAUAAUACUAAUUUUAAUGAUAUAGAAAACAAAAUGGAAAAAGAAAUAAGAAAAAGCUUUGAGCAAUUUUUUAAUAUUCCUAUACAAUAUAAUGAUAUUAAAAAAUAUGAAGAAAUAAAACAUAUUAAUGAUAAUGAAUAUAUGAAGCAAACAAAAGAAGAAAUAAAAAAUUUCGAUAACAAAGAUGGAAUUAAUAUAAUAAACAAAUCUGAUUAUACCUUAUCAAUGCAAAAUAUAAUGAAUAUAAAUGAAGAAGAAAAUAUUCCCUUAAAUCAAAAUAUGAAGGUAGAAUCUAUCAGCAACUCUUUUCAAUCUGAUGAAAAUAUUACUAGUAAUAAUAACAUUAAUACAAACAAAGAAGAAAUAGAAGACAAAACAAAUAAAUAUAAUAACAAUAUAUAUAAAAAUAUAAAAAAUAAUCCUAAUAAUGAUGAUCACGAUGUACAUCUUAAUGAAGAGGACAUAAUCAUCGAAAAACAUGAUGACACAACAAAUAUGAUAAGAAAACAAGAACAAAUAUAUAAAAUAUAUUCACGUUUACAAAAUAGAAUUUUAAAUGAUUUUAAAAAAGGUUGCUUAAAAAAAAUGAAAAAAAUAUUUAAUAAAAAAUGUAAAAAAAUUGAAAAGGAUAUUUCUCAAAAUAUACAAAGUGUGGUCCAAAAUUAUAACUUAGAUGAUAUUAAUUGUUCAGAAUUUGUAAAUAUAUAUAAGAAAAAAUCAAAAAAAAAGAAAAAGACAAAAAAUGUAAAGAGCAAAAAAUGGGCAGACAAUGUGCACGUAUUGAAAGAUGAGCAAAGUGUAAAAAAUACUGAUGAUCAUGAAAAUAAAUUGACUGAUAGAUUUAACGAGACAGAUAAAAUAAAUAACAGUGAUAAAAAUAUUAUGAAUAACAACACUUGUUAUGAUAAAAAAUGUGAUAUUAUUGAUAAUUACACUUAUAAUGUUGUUCAAUAUGAUGAUGACACAUACAAAAUAUAUAACCCAUCAGAUAUGUACCCUUACUAUUAUGUUACUAAAAGGGAGGAAGCUACAUAUAAAAAUUCGUACUAUUACAAUGUAUAUAAUUAUGAACAUUCAAAAGAUAAAUAUGUAGAAAAGGAUUUAAUAAAUUACGUUUAUUUAAAUAAAGGAAAUGUUUACAAGAAUGUAGAAAAAGAUGAGAAAAAUCAAAAUAAAGAGUGUGACCAUGGAAAUACAGAAAUCAAAUUAAAUAUUUAUCAAAGAAAAGGAAGUUCUGAUUCAAAUUCAAAGGAAAAUAUAGAUAUGAAUAAUUUGGAAUGUACAAGUUUUUAUUUUACUAAAAAUGAUCUGAAGAAUAAAAAUAAAUUAUUUGAUCUUUUAAAAAAUAUUGAUAAAAAAAAAAAUUUACGUGAUGUUAUCUUUAAAAUAUUCACUGUUAUAAAUUCAAAAAUGUUCAAUGGAGAUAUGAUUAAUGAAAAGGAAAAUUUUAAAAAUAACGAAAUUAUGAAAUAUAUAAAAACUAAAAAUGUAUUUAAUAAAAUUACAUCAUAUAAGAACAAUAGAAAUGGUGAAAACAAGCAGAAGAAGAUGAAAAAGAAGUUACAUGGUUUUUUUAUAAGAAAUAAACUAAAAUACGACAAUAAUAAUAAUAAUAAUAAUAAUAUUAGUUAUAAUAAUAAUAUUGGUAAGAAUAAAAAUAAUAUACAGAAAAUAAGCAAACAAAAGAAAAUCAAUAAAAUAUUCUAUCCUACAAAUAUAUAUAAAAAAAUGUACCAGAAAAUUAAAGAACAUAAUAAAAAUAAGGAAGGAAACCAUAAAAUUAUAGAUACAUAUAAUAUGAAAUAUAAAUUAAUAAAUGUACCAAAUAAAGAUAUAUAUUUCCAUAAAAAUGAAAAUAAUAAUAUGGGUGUAAAGAAAACGUUGCCUGUUUAUAUUUAUCGAAUGAUGAUGAAACAAAAAAAUAAAUAUAUACCUAUUAAAAAAUUUAAUUAUUCAUAUUUAUUUAUAGAAAAAAAAAAGAAAAAUUAUAAUUCUUCCAAAAGAAAUAAUAAAAUUCUACCAUAUUAUUAUUUCUCUGAUUUAAAUAAUAUGAGUCAAAAAAUGAAACAAAUUUUAUAUUAUAAGCCUAUUGUUACUAACAAGAAAAGUAUCUACAAUGAGCACAUACCAAACUGGGAAUAUAAUAAAAAUACAUAUAUAACAAAUAAUAUGAUAAAUAUACAUAAAAAUAGUAACAAUAAUAAUAUGUAUUAUAUCAGCUCAAAUUUCGAUGGAAAUAGCAUGUUUUUUGAUGGUAAUAAUACAUGUAUGUAUUAUCAUUCAAAAGAUUAUAUAAGUAAGGAAGAUAUCCAUGCAAAGUGUCUUAUGGAUGACUGUAGUGAAUAUUAUUGUUCGCUAGACAUGGAAAAAAGAACAAAUGACAAUUUUGAUAAUCAUAAGACUAUUUUAAAUGAUAACAAGCAAAAAUAUAUAAUUGAAAAGGAAGAUGCCCAUAGAGUAUUAUUAAAUGAGGGAACUCAUAUAGAUGUUGACCUUAAAGAAAAAUUAAAUGAAAAUAAGGAAGAAAGCAAUACUGUAUGUGUAGAUGAUAAUAUAAAAGAUACAUAUAUAGUUAAUGAAAAUAAUGAGUUAGUAAAAAUGUAUAACCAUGAUAGUAACCUUCAAAUAAUACCAUCAACAGGUAAUAAAAACAUUAAUGAUAAGAUAUUUAGUUAUGCCAUAAGACAAUAUUAUUACAAUCUAAAUAAGUGUAUUCUUUGUGAUAAAGAAAAUAGUAAAAAAUCAUACCCUUCAAUAUAUCAUAAUAAUAAUAAUAAUAAUACUAAUAUGGUCGCCGAAAAUACACAUCAAUAUAAAGGAGACAGAAGAAACAAUUUUAAUAUACAAGAUAAUAAAAUCAUAAAAUUUGAUGGCGAUAAUAAUUAUAAAUAUAAUACUGUAAGUAAUUAUUAUAUAAAUGAUGACUCCUUAUCAAAAGGGAUAAAAAAAACAACAUUAAAAAAAAGUAACAACAUUCAAAAAAAAAAUAUAAUAACUAAUAAUAACAAAACAAAUAAUAGAAAUAAUAGUAAUAUUAAUUACUCAUGUAAUAGUGUGAUACAAGUUAAAAAUAAUAUAAUAAAUGUUAAACCUCAAAAACAAAAACAAAAUGAUAACAAAGAAAUAUAUAAUUUCUCAAUUACUAAUGAAAAUGUCAUACCAUCCUAUUACACAAAUUUAGUAAAUAAAUACAAAAAGGAUAUUGGAAAAUGUAUACUGAAAAAUAUAUACAACGGAAAUGAAUAUAUUAAAAAUAGUAAUAUAAAAUAUACAUGUAUGAAUAAUACAUAUAUGAAUAAAAUAUACCCCAAAAAAAAAAAUAUAUAUACAAAUAAAACAUAUAUGAUGCAAAAUAAAAAUAUGAAUCAAGUAUAUCAAAAUGAAUAUGAUAAACCAAAUGUAACUAAAUAUCAACUAAAAGUAAAAAAAAUUACUUUUAAUAGUACAAAUCAAAGUAAACAAAUAAAUAAUACAAACUUCAAUAAUUUGGAUUUAUAUAAUAAUAAAAAUUAUGAUUAUUUUUAUUAUAACAAAAAUUACGAUUUAAAAAACUCAAUUAAACUAAAAAAUAAUAAUAUUGAAAGCUUUCAAAUAUGUUCCAUAAAUUCUCCAAUAAAUGACAAAGCCACAAAUACAAACUACAAGCACAAUGUUGAAAAUAUAUGUAUUUUUAAGGACUUUUAA